AGUCUUAUGAGCAACGUAUCUUGAAGAUAACGCGACCGAUAUGGUUCGUUCAUCAGCUGAACCGUAGGGAAGAAGAAUAACAUUUUUUCUUUCAACGGAAAUCGUGUUUUUCCAUUUGAUUUUCAACGAAAUCAACAUAUUUCCCGUGGAUACCAACGGCAAAACGAUACAGUGAAUUGAAAAAUCGACGAAUUUUCAGUGGUGAUUUGUGAUUGAAAAAUGAGGUUAGUCGAAUAAGAAAACUACGACUUUUGUCUGGGCUGUGUUACAACAACAUUUUCAAGUGAAAAAAAAUCAUUUUUUUACAAUUCAUUGGCCAUACGAAACAUAGAAAAAGUGAACAUUUUACAACAUUUUCAUCGAAAAUAUAGAACAAUAUUUACGAAUCUGUGGAUUUUAAUGGUGAUCUAAGUGAAAGAAUCAACGAGAUUGAGAGAGAGAGAGAGAGAAAAAAACUCGCCACAUCGACAGUGAAAACACACCCAAAACGCGUUACACGAACAACAGCACAAAAGUACACGACCAAUUUGAUCUGCGGGAGCGCGCUGCUGUACAAACGAGCUUGUUGUUUUUUUUCCUUCUCUUCAUUCCUCUCUGAGUAGAUAUGAUUCAGGUGGAUGGUGUGCGUUUAUUUCCGUCACACAUUCACCGUACAACUUGAAAUCUAUUGGCUAUUUGAACUGAAUAAAACGUGUGAAAAAUAUUGUGAAAAAAAAACAAAUUGACUUUAGAGAGUUUUGACCUACGAGAUUUAAAAAAAAAUCAUCAACAGAAUAAUCAUGUGUGGUAAAAUGACUAAAUUGAAUUUAACAUGAAACGCGGCUAUAAGAGAAGACUUGUGUGGUUGAUGCCGACCAAAAAAUUCGGCUAAAUCAACACAUAAGCUGCCAAUUAAUCGACGAAUCUACAACCGAACGUAGCGAGAAAAAAAAAACAAAAUUCUCUGUUCUUCGAUUCAAGUGGAAAUUCAUUGACGGAUUUUCGGGGAAAACAAAGUUCACAAAAAGUAUACGUAGUACUCGGUCAAUUGGGCUGAACGAGCGACAGAGAAAAGAAAAUCACAUACCACAUACAUAAUUGCCGAAGCGAAUGGAGUGAAAAUCGAAUCAAUUUCCCGAAAAUUGGCACUGAAACAUCAAAAUCAAACAUUAUUGGACAAGUGUAUUUUUGGCCAUAAGCGUUAAUAUUAACAUAGUGUAAUUCAAUUAAAGCGAGAAAAAGACCAUGAAUUAUUUUGAAUUCGCCCUGGCGCUGUUCUUUUGUGGAUUGUUUGUAUUAACGAAUGGUGAAACUACCGAUUUGAGCCAAGUUGAAUCUGUUGAAUAUCCUGUAAUUUCUGGUGCUGCCCGGCAAAUUUUCGGUUCCAGUUCAUUGCGAACAAGUGGCAAUAGCAAGCAAGCGAAACGGAAAAAAAAUAAAAAUCACGCGUCAGCAACAAGUACAACCAGACAACCAAUAUAUGCAGAAGAUGAUGAUGACGACGACCGGUAUCCACAUGGUAUUUUAGUUCAUGAACCGCAUCCAGUUCCACCGCCAUUUGAUCCCAGUUUUCGAGCUUUCGGUGGAGGUGUGAUCGGCGGCGUUCGGGUGCCCGGUAUUGAAGACAGCAUUUAUGGUUCACGAAAACUUGGCGAACGACAUGGCGAUGUUGAAGAUGAUUGGAAAACAAUAGAUCGUUUCGAUACCCGAAGUGAACAUGGCAAACAUGGCAGCUCUAAUUAUGCGGUCAUGCAUCCUGAAGGCGAUCUUAUGCACAUGCCAAACGGUGGACCGCACAUGGUUGACGAUGAAAUGGACAGUGACGAUCGAUUGGAUGAGCAACCAUGCACUCUUGGCUGCUUAAAUUCCGAAUUCCUUUGUCCCCAUAGUUGUCAAUGCGUUCCGAAAUUCACACGAUGCAAUGGAGUGCUCGAUUGCGAAUUCCAAGAAGAUGAAGAAGAUUGCGGUGGUACAUCCAACGUUGAAAUCAUCCGAAACAUUAAAAAAGAUUGCGAAUCGUCCGAUCAUCAUGUGCUGUGCCCCAAAACAUUUGCCUGCAUCGCCAAAGAUUUUUUGUGUGAUGGAGACAAUGAUUGCGGUGACUUCAGCGAUGAAACACAUUGUGGAGCCAAGGUGAAAUGUGAAGAGGACCAGUUUGAAUGCAACAACGGCUUAUGUAUUCAGCAUCAAUGGGUUUGCGAUGGCGAUAAUGAUUGUCAGGACUACUCCGAUGAGGUUAACUGUACAGCAAAGCUAUCCUGUAGCAACGAUGAGUGGAUGUGUUCGGAUACAAAUUGUAUCUCGGCUAGCUUUCGAUGUGACAGCGAGCCCGACUGUGCGGACGCGAGCGACGAACAGAAUUGCCUAAAUGCAAAUGUACUGGAAUGUCCAGAGGGUGAAUUUCGAUGCGGCGGCAGUGUAAUUAACUACGGUGCAGCACCAGGAAGCCGAUGUAUUUUGAAUCGCUUUCGUUGCGAUGGUGAAAACGAUUGCAGUGAUGGAUCGGACGAAGUGGGUUGCUUAGGUGUUAAAUCAGCCAGUUGCUCUAGCAACGAGUUUAAAUGUGGUGAUGGCACAUGCAUCCCAAUUCAAUGGAAAUGUGACAUGGAACAAGACUGUGACUCUGGUGACGAUGAGAAGAGUUGUAAAAUCGAUGAAAAACCGGUAAAAAGAGUGUGUGCAGAUGAUGAAUACCAAUGCAAAGAUGGUCGAUGCAUUUUGAAAACGUGGCUUUGCGAUGGAGUAGCGGAUUGCAAACGUGGUGAUGAUGAGUCAAAUUGCCAGGUUACAUGCGAUGUCGGCCAAUUCAUCUGCCCAAUGUAUAAAAAUACGACUAACGCCCGCAUUUGCGUGAAUCAAAAACAUAUAUGUGACGGGCAAUACGACUGUUUAAAAGGUGAAGAUGAAGCCGAAGAAAAUUGCCCUAAAGCGAAAAAAUGUGACAAAAAUUCCAAAUGCGAACAAUUGUGUGUGACGACACACGACGGAAAAGAUGGUUGCGCAUGUAAAACUGGGUUCGUGCUAUCAGAAAAUAAAUACAAUUGCACGGAUAUCGACGAGUGUCAGUUCACAAUAGAUCCGGUAUGUUCACAGAAGUGCAUAAACACAGUUGGUAGUUUUCAGUGUAGCUGCACAAAUGGUUAUAUUCUGCGACCAGAUCUGCGAACAUGCAAAGCGUUGGGUGGAGCUGUCAAAUUGAUAUUGGCCAAUCGUGUCGAUAUACGUCAAGUUUCGCUAAGCAACAAUCGUUACACGUCAAUUGUCAAGGGACUACACAAUGCAAUCGCUCUCGAUUUUCACUAUAAACGAAGCCUAUUGUUUUGGUCAGACGUAUCGACAGACGUCAUAAAAAUGUCGUAUAUGAAUGGAACUGGUGUUAAAAAUGUCAUAAAAUGGGGCCUCGAAUCACCCGGAGGCAUCGCCGUUGACUGGAUACAUGAUUUGAUAUUUUUCACCGAUUCAGGGACUAAACGCAUCGAAGUUGCAACAUUCGAUGGUUUAUUACGUGCCGUAAUCAUUGCAAAUGAUUUAGCUAAACCACGUGCUAUCGUCGUUCAUCCGGGCGAAGCGUCCAUCUUCUUCACUGAUUGGGGCUUUGGAAAUUCCGCUGCAGGAACCAAACCACGAAUUGACCGCGCUUACAUGGAUGGAUCCGAUCGACGAACCAUCGUUUCCGAUGGCAUUUUCUGGCCCAAUGGCUUGACCAUUGACUAUUCAGGUGGGCGCAUUUAUUGGGCCGACGCAAAACACCAUGUGAUUGAAAGCUCACAUUUUGAUGGAUCCGAUCGCAAGAAGAUUUUAAGCAAUCAUUUACCCCAUCCAUUUGCGUUGACACUCUUCGAAGAUCACCUGUACUGGACGGAUUGGAAUACGAAAAGUAUUUCAGCGGCUAAUAAAGUGACAGGAAAAGGUUUUCGAAAUGUUCACAUUGAUUUACAUUUUCCAAUGGACAUUCAUUCAUAUCAUUCAUCGCGGCAACCAGAGUUCUUGAAUCGUUGUACUGUUGACCGACGCGGUCUACGCGGAGGAUGCUCCCACCUAUGUCUACCAAAUAAAAACAGUCGACGGUGUGGAUGUCCAAUCGGAUUGACUUUGAAAGAUGAUCAAAAAACAUGCACCGAUAUACCGGAUAAGCUGCUUGUAAUCUCGCGAAAGAAGGAUAUUCGCGUUCGGCAAUUAAUUUCGAAAAAUUCCCUCAACGAACACGAUAUGGUUAUUCCCAUUGACGGACUAAAAUCAACGAUUGCAUUUGAUUUGUGCCAAAAAACCGACACAAUCUAUUGGACCGACGUUGGUCGGAGCACAAUCAGUCGAGCUCAAUUGAAUGGUGAAAAUCAAACGCAAAUUAUUCAGUCGAAUCUCAUCUCACCGGCAGGCUUAGCACUUGAUUGGAUUACAGAUAAAAUCUAUUACACCGAUAUGGGUACGAAUCGAAUCGAAGUAGCUACGAUUGAUGGACGCUUAAGAACAAUGUUGAUAUGGCAAGGCAUUGAAAAACCAAGGGAUAUUGUUGUGAAUCCAAUUGAAGGUUUAAUGUUUUGGUGUGAUUGGGGCUCAAAACCCCAAAUCGAAGUCGCUGGUAUGGAUGGCAGCGAUAGAAAAGUAUUGGUUUCGGCACAUCUACGUUUCCCAAAUGGAUUGGCAAUCGAUUAUGCUAGCGAUCGCUUGUAUUUCGUUGACAGUGGCACCAAAACGAUGGAAUCAGUGAAAUUCGAUGGGUCAGCGCGGCGAACAAUUAUCGAUGAAGGUCUUGUGCAUCCAUUUGGAAUCGAUGUAUACGAACAAAAGGUGUUUUGGACGGAUAUGACCACAUUAAAUGUUGAAUCGGCCAAUAAGAAUAAUGGCAAAGACCGGCAGGUUCUCAUUGCAAAUGUGAGUGAAUUGAUGGAUGUUCGGGUGUUUCAUCGUAAUCGAAAAAUGAUUUCGAAUUUAUGCAGUGUUUCGAAUGGUGACUGUUCGCAUUUGUGCUUAUUGAAUCCGCAUGGAUAUCGGUGUGCUUGCUCGAUCGCAGUGAAACUUUCGAAAAAUGGACGAACUUGUAACGAUGGACCCAAUGAUUUUAUUAUCUUUGCUCGCCGAACGGAUAUCCGACAAAUUUCACUGGAUAACGAUUACUUGGUGGAUGUGGUGCUACCGUUACCGCCAAUGUCAUCGGCAAUGACUGUUGAUGUUGACUCAACGACUGGCGAUAUUUACUGGUCAGACACAACGGAUGAUGUGAUUAUGAAAUCAACAUCGGAUGGAAUCUACUCAUCAAAAGUGAUAUCGGACAGCCUUGGAAAUGUUGAAUCAUUGGUGGUGGAUUCGAUAGGCCGAAAGAUUUACUUCACGGACAGCGUUCGUUUGUCCGUUGAAGUUUGUGAAUUGAAUGGUUCAAAUCGUGCUGCACUCAUUUACACCGACUUGGAAGCGCCACGGGGAAUUGCAAUCGAUUAUGGCGAAGGAUUUCUCUUUUUCUCCGAUUGGGGCACACAACGCAUUGAAAGAACAUACAUGGAUGGUGACAAACGCACAAGUAUUGUUGAAAAAGACUUGGGCUGGCCAAAUGCACUAUCCACGUACGCUGAACGGGUCUUCUGGACCGAUGCCAAACUCAAAAAGAUUGAAUCGUGCAACUAUGAAGGAAAUCAUCGUAAAAUUAUAUUACAGAACCUUGAACAUCCCUAUGGCUUAGCUGUGACUACAAACCACAUUUAUUACACCGAUUGGAAAACAAUGUCGUUGCAUCUAAUUGACAAACGCAACUUUUCCGCACAAAUUGUACGAGACAAUCUGGAGGGCUUGAUGGAUGUUAAAUUCAUCGAACGCGAACGAAAGCGUAUGGAAAAUGUGUGCGGUCAUAACAAUGGGAAUUGUUCGCAUUUAUGCCUAAGAAAUCCAACAGGUUUCUCCUGCAAAUGCCCUACUGGAACCAAACUGAACACACAGACCGAGUGCCAGACUUUACCGGAGAACUACCUCUUGAUCGCGAUGCGUGGUGGAAUUGGUCGAAUUUCCUUCGAUACCGACGAUAUGUUGGAUGUUGUCUUACCCAUCGACAAUGUUCACGCUGCUAUCGUGCUCGACUAUCAUUACAAUCGCUCAAAAUUGUACUAUGCCGAUGUGAAUAUCGAUGUUAUCAGAGAGGUUGAUUUGAAAAAUGUGAAAAAUACCAAAAAUAUCGUAUCCUCCGGCCUAAAAACAACAAACGGCUUGGCAGUGGAUUGGAUAGCAGACAAUUUGUAUUUUUCCGAUACUGAAACCCAUUCGAUUGAAGUGUCACGUCUCGAUGGAUCCAGUCGCAAGGUCAUUAUUAGUGAAAAUCUCAACGAUCCACGAUCUUUGGCUUUGUUCCCGCAAAGAGGUUACUUAUUCUUCUCGGACUGGGGAAAACCGCAAAGAAUCGAACGAUGCUUCUUGGAUGGAUCCGAUAGGAAGAUUAUUGUUAGCACCGGCUUAGGAUUUCCAACGGGGCUUUGUGUUGAUUUUAGCACACGUCAAUUAUACUGGGCAGAUGCACUUGAGGAUCGUAUCGAAAAAUCCGAUUUUGAUGGACGUGACCGUAAACAAGUUGUCGAACACACAGCUCAUCCUUUUAGCAUUGCGUUAUACGAAACGAGUCUGUUUUGGUCAAACUGGUACAAUAAGUCCGUGUUCAAAGUUCCAAAACGUGGACAACACAACAAACCGAUUGAGGUUCGAUCGGGGUUGGGCGGUGCACUUGACAUUCGGGCUGUGUCUUUGAAUCGGCAACCAUAUCAAUGGUCACCAUGUAUGGUUAAUAACGGCGACUGCACACAUUUAUGCCUGUAUCGAUACACAUCAUAUAUUUGCGAAUGCCCCGAUAAAGCCGACAUUCGCACAUGCCAAGCAGGUGAAUUCCAAGUAAUGUCCCGUCCAACGAAUUCAAUCGACUAUUUCGAAACAGAUUUAGACGAUGAUGAUGGAUCUGGUUCAGGUUUUUCAAGCGAUAACAGCUCGUUAGCACGCAUCGUUAAAAUAGCAACGGCAAUUUUGGGUGUACUUCUCAUUAUCGUUCUAUGCGCCAUUCUCUAUUUGGUCUUGAAUAAUAGCAAAAAGAAGGAAAAUCAUACGCCACGUAGUUCAACUGGAUCGGUGUUGACAUUUUCGAAUCCAAAUUAUAAUUUGCCCGACGAUGGAACUGCAGCUGAGCCAAAGGUUAAAAUAUGGAAGCGACUAAAAUACGAUAAAGCACAAGAUCGUGUUUAUGAGGAGCGAUGUUUUGGUGAAAAUUCGGCAUCAGCAACGUUGAUGCCAGCGGGAAAAAAAUCGUCAGCGUCAUCGAUUUCACGUUCACCACUCUCGACCAUCGGAUAAAAAUCAAUUAAACCGAGCGUGAAAGUCUAGCUCACACUGUGGAAUAAACAAAUUAUCAAAAAAGAGAAUUGUGAAGAUAAAACGCAAAUUUGAACGGAAAAACGUCAAAAUGGCGAGAAAAAAAAGGGUAGAUUUUUAUACAAAAAAAAACAAACACACACUAGAACGCAGGAGGUGUUUCCUGAGAAAAAAAAACAAUCAAAGUAUGAAUGAAACGAAUCAACAGAACAGUAGUAGAUAGGAAAGGGAAAUUAAAAAAAGGUGAACGAAAAAAGGAAAUUUAUUGAAUUCGAUUAAACUCUCACUCUAUUUUUUACAAUUGAACAAUUUAUUUUUCUAUGAAUGCGCAACAAAAAAGUCCACAUUUAUGUUGAUUACCAUUAGAUUCAUUGCAAGCAGCGAAUACACAAAAAGACUUCGAUAUGAAACAAAUCUCAGAAAUGCAUAAAAGAUUCUAGAUGAAAUAAACUGAAUUUCAAGAAAAAAAUUCUUGUGAAUAUGAAACGCUUAAAAAAUUUCUCGAGAUUGACAAUACGAAUAAUGAAAUGCCACUGUGUUGCAGCACACAGGCCAAAAUAAAAUUGAUUUUUCACCAAUAGAAUCGAUUGACAACGUUUGUCUGUUAUUAUACUAAUACAACGGUUUUGUUUGACGAAUUUUAUUUUAAACGUUUAGUAUGGGAACUACCGCUCCAAGUUCGAACUUCCAACGGCCACGAAUAAUCAAAACGGAAACCAUGUUCCUUGGAAUGAAGCUGUUGAAACAUUAUCGAAUCGAGUCAAACUGUCGAAUUGAAUUAAAGACUGCAAUCGAUUCGCACAUUUGAAUUUGUAUCCUAAACUUGGUGAUGAUUCAAUUGCUUCUUUCUUUUCGAUGGAAUAAUAGCAACAAAACAAAGACAGUAAAAACAUUUUCGAUCGUUGACACUAACCAAAGAAACAUUGAUAAUUCUAUGUAAAAUGUGUAAAAUCUGUAGUGAGAUUACUGUGCAUUUCAAGGGAAAUUAUCUCUAAAAUGAAACCAAAAAAAAACAA